AAAUACUCCUUCCUCAUUGAAAAGAUCAUUUCCUGAGGACGCACCGACUGAUAUUUCCGACGUCCUUCAAGGUGAGAUUGCUAGACUAGAUCAAAGAUUCAAGGUUUCACUUGAUCCGACACAUCAGCCUGGCUCAAGAUCUAUCCAAUUAUUGUGCUGCUUAGAUGAUAAAUUUUUGCCAAGUGUACCUCCGGUAUCGCUUUAUGUUCCGGAAGAUUAUCCUCAAACUUCUCCUCAGCUCUCGAUGGCAGAGCACGAGUACGGAAUGACGGAGUUCCUAUCUACUGUUCAAAAAGCUCUUCAGACUAGAAUAACGAAAUUACCUAGAAGGUUUUCGAUUUCGCAGUUGUUAGACACGUGGGAGAUGAGUGUCAGACAAGCAUGCGCCCCAACUCAAGUUGCUCCAUCAACGGCUACUGUACUAUUGGGAUUGUAAAUUUAUA